AUGAGGCACAAGCCGCGGGACCCUUUCGGGUGGUUGUGCAUGGGCGGAACAGGGGAAUGUGCAGCAUCAGACAUAAGUGUCACCCGAACCAGCAACAUAAGACAACGGCUUGGAAACGCACAGUUGCCAAGGCACGAUGGCUUGGCCCGAUAGAUUACUUUGGUGACUUGGCUAAUCGACGUCUAUUGCAGGAGUUCCCGCCUUCGCAGUUUAGCAAUUAAUUGUGAGUUUGCAGUUUCAUGUUCAACUGGCAACAAUGCAUACUGCAAAGCCCAGGAUGGUGGUCCCAUAUGGCCUCAAGACUCUACUUGAAGGAGUGAGCAGAGCAGUUCUCAAAGCUAGUCCCUCCAACAUCACUGAGUUUGCUGCUGAGUAUUUCAAAGAACUGAUAGUUUUUCGAGAAGAACAUCCUAAUCUGGAUAUCAAAGAACUGGUGAGAGAAUUUCAUAUGACAAGAGUGGAGGGAUGGGCAGAAGGACCAGGAGCAGCAACACAGGUGCCCCGUUCUAAAAGGGCAGAUGUUGGAGAUGCAUUUCGGUCAGAUCUUGACACAAUUCCAAUUCAUGAUGAACCCAGACGGAAGGAGAAAUCGACUGACACAGAAGAGGACCAGAUAAGCGAAGAGUCUCGUGAACUGAGCACCAAAACUACUCAAUUCCCAUCUAUUGUUGACGAAUUUGUAGAAAAGUCUGGGGACGACAAGGGAGCAGGACUUGCCUAUAUCCCGGCUGAUCCAGCUCAGCUAGCAGCACAAAUGCUAGGUAAUGUUGAAACGAUGGGUACUGAGCCUGAGAUGAAGGAUGUGGCCAUCUCUGUGCAGACCCUUCCCACAUUGUCCCACACUGCCAGCGAGGCAAUGGCCGCGAUUGCACUUGGCCAACCAGCUGCUCCAGAACCUGCCCCAGAGCCUGCCCCAGAGCCUGCCCCUGAGCCUGCCCCUGAGCCUGCCCCAGCAGAAACAGAACCUGCUGAAGAAGAAGCACCUGCCCCAGCAGAAGCAGGACCUGCUGAAGCAGAAGCAGAACCUGCUGAGGCAGAAGCAGAACCUGCUGAAGCAGAAGCAGAACCUGCUGAGGCAGAAGCAGGACCUGCUGAGGCAGAAACAAAACCUGCUGAGGCAGAAGCAGAACCUGCUGAGGCAGAAGCAGAACCUGCCCUAGCGGAAGCAGAACCUGCCCCAGAGGAAGCAGAACCCGCCCCAGAGGAAGGGGAAGCUGCCCCAGAGGAAGGGGAAGUUGCCCCAGAGGAAGUAGAAAACAGAACCUCUGCACCUUCUCUCAGGGCUGGAUCAAUCACUCAAAGUCAGAGCUCCGUCCAGGAGGAAGUAGCUACCUUGGGCAGCCAGGGGGAGCAGCCACCUGCUGACCUAGUAGAACAAGCUUCCUCAGAUCCCUUGCAGGAAGGAGAGCCACCCCCGCCGCUACCACCACCGCCUCUUGAUAAAGACCUGUUGCAGGCAGAGGGUUGCCCAAGUGAAAUUGAGCUCACAUCAGACAUACACAUCACACCCGUGGGUGAUGAUGACCCCAACGCUGGUGGAGAGCCUGUACCACCACCUUAUGUAGAGCAGUUUCCACAGCAGAUAGUCAUUCCUUUCGUAGACACAGUAGCCUGUCUCUUAGAUCCACUAACGGCUUCACUAAAUUCAGGCCAGUUUACUAGUAUUCUAGAUCCAUCUGCAGAUGAUGCAGAAUGUGACCCUGACAGAAUGGAUACUACAGAGCAACUGAAAUCAACUGACCCAGGUUUUGUUAUGUCAGUUGCCAUACCUCUGGAAGAUGUGAUGAAUGGGAAGAUGGGCUCAGGAGCUGGGGAUAAAGCAGCUUUUGCAGGCAGUUAUGGUAUAGCAGGAGAAAUCACAUUUACGACUGCCUCUGUACGCAGGACAGAAUAGCAAAACGAUUGAGAAGAGGUGCUGUCCAACAUUUCACCCCAGAAUGGAAAGCUGCAUCUUUAAUUUAAAAUUGAUUAACUACUAGUACAAGCAAUAAAAACAGUACAAGGAAUCUGAAUCUAAAGACAUUUUUUCCCUAUGGCUAAAGACUGGUAGCCAAGUAGCAUAAAAUUAAAACCAGGAGUUUCCUUAAGCUGAUUUUCUAUACAAACUAAAAAUUUAAAAAUGAUUGCUAGCAAAAACAUGGAACUUCAGACACCUUCAGCAGAAAUAUAUUAUUAGACUAUUUAUUAGAAUUGUGGAAAAUUUUGAAGCCUUGUGUGUAUAUAAUUUAUCAGUAAUACAACAAAUCUACUUCGAAGUAGCAAAAUAGAAAACAGUGUUUCAGGAAUGAGAAUGAGAAAAAAACCCUAGAUGGAACCAGAACACCCUUGCAGACUCCUGAGCCACUCUCAAUGCUGUCCUUCCAGCAUUGGGUCAAGAGACAAAAAAAAGAGAUUUUGCUUGUAAUCUACUGACAGCAAAGAAUCAAACGGCACCUGACAACAGGACAGCGAAAGCCUUUAUUUAAUAGCAAUAAAAUAUUCAGUUAACACUAUUUCCAAACCAUACUUAAAUUAGACAAGAGCAGCAGUCUCUCUGGAAUUUCUGUACCCCAUAUUAUACAAAUAUAUAAUUUCAUAAAGGUUAAAGCACCGCAAACGGGUAAAUUUGCUCGGUACAAUAGUCUCUCAAAUGCUUUUGAAAUGUACACACUUCCUUCUAGGGUUUGUUGUGGCCCCAUAGAUCCAGGUGCUUCUCUUUUCUUUGUAAUGUCCCAACUUAAUCUCAUAGAGCACUUCUUUGUGUGGAUAAGGACUCUGUGGCCUUCCAGAGGUCGAACCACAGUUCCCAUCAUUCUUGACUGCUCAACAUGCUACCAGGGCUGAAGCCCAACAAUAUUCAGACAGCCUAUAUUAGUGCACUGCAGUUUGUUUAAAAAACAUACUUAUCUUAGUUCAAAUUAAACUUUUAAAGAUUUAAAUGGCUCUUAAUUCCUUAAAAGAUAGCAUAAAAUAAAAAAAUAAAACAUGAAA